AUGAGGAAACUGGGCCCCAGAUGGGGGAGGGACACUCAAGGUCACACGGGUCGCGAGGCUGACAUCAGGCUGGUGUCUGAGCAGUUCUCGCAGUCCCCGCAGAGGCUGUCUUUCUACAGCUGGUAUGGCAGCGCCAGACUCUACCGCUUCCGAGUGCCCCCGGACACCGUGCUGCUGCGCUGGCUGCUGCAGGUGGCCCAGGGCGGCGCGCCCGCAUCCGAUGCCUGCCCUGCUGUCCCCCCCUCCAGGUACUUCCGCUAUGGCGCCCCUCCCGUCAUCAACCCCCUGGGUACCAGCUUCCCUGCCAACACCUCCGUGCAGCCCUCCUUCCUCAUCAAGAUGCUGCAGAGCAACACUUCCAUCAACGUCUCCCACCCAGCACCUGGGGACUGGUUUGUGGCUGCCCACCUGCCCCCCUCAUCCCAGAAGAUUGAGGUGAAGGGCUUUAUUCCCACCUGUGCCUACAUCUUCCAGCCUGACAUGCUGGUCGUGCGGGUAGUCGAGGUCUCCAUCCUGGAGCCCGACACACCCUUGCCACAGACCCUCCUCUCCCAGCCCAUCUACCUCAAAAUCUUCGUCCCCGAGUUCACCCAGGAGCUGCGGCUGGAGCUGCAGGGCUGUGUGUCCAACGGGAGCCGGGGCUGCCCCGUGCACCUCACCGUGGGCUCAGCUACCCUGCCCAGCAACUUCCAGAAGGUGCUCACCUGCACUGGCCCCGCCCAGGCCUGCCGCCUGCUGCUGCCCUCGCCGCCCUGGGACCGGUGGUUGCAGGUGACAGCCAAGAGCCUGGCAGGGCCCCGUGUGUUGGUGGCUUUCAUAGCUGUAGCUUCUCUCACAGCCUGCAGGCCUUGGAUCGUAAACUUCCAGCAUCUUCUGCAGAACAGUUCAAACCAGAGCCGCAACAACACGUCUGCUGGUCUGCUGCCCCCGGGGCCUGGCUGGCGGGGCCUGGCGGGGAGCAGCCGUGUGGGCGGCGGCCCCUUCUGCCUCCUGAGCUACCAAGCCGUGCGGGAAGACGUGGACGUGGUGUCUGUGCACUUCAGGCCCCCGGACAGGGCCUCGGUGCUGGUGCAGUCGGAUGUGCCUGCGGUGAUGCGGCUGCAGCUGAGCACGGGCAUGGACAGCGGGGGCUCCCUCACCAUCGCCCUGUGGGCCAACGAGAGUGUGAUGCCCAACAACACCUGGGUGAAGGUCUGCGUGAACGCUGCCUCGCCCUUCCUCAGCUUCAGCGCUGCGCUCAACUGCACCACAGCCUUCUUCCAGGGGUAUGCCCUGUCUUUGAGCACCGUGUCUGGCAAGGCCCACCUUAUCAUUCCCUACCCAGAGACGGACAGCUGGUACCUCUCCCUGCAGCUCGUGUGCCCUCAGAGUCCUGACUGCUGUCUCCCAGGGCUCAGGAGCCCGCUGGAGCCCUGGCGGAGGCUGGCCAGCACACCCCGCAGCCAGCCUUCCUGGGCCCCUUCCUCCAGGGGGUGUGAGGAGGCCUCGGUGCUCGUGGAGACCGCCUUGUCCUUGGUGCCCUGUUUGAACGACUGCGGGCCAUACGGCCAGUGCCUCCUGCUGCGCAGACAUGGCUACCUGUAUGCGGGCUGCAGCUGCAAGGCAGGCUGGCGUGGGUGGAGCUGCACAGACAACAGCACCGCCCAGACCUUGGCUCAGCAACAGGUGGCCGUGCUCCUGCUCACCCUCAGCAACCUCGUGUUCCUGGCCCCCAUCGCCCUCUCUGUGCACCGCUGCCUCCUGGUGGAGGCCUCCGUCUACGCCUACACCAUGUUCUUCUCCACGUUCUAUCAUGCCUGCGACCAGCCGGGGGAGGCCGUGCUGUGCAUCCUGAGCUACGACACCCUGCAGUACUGCGACUUCCUGGGCUCUGGGGUGUCCAUCUGGGCCACCAUCCUCUGCAUGGCGCGGCUGAAGGCCGCCCUGAAAUAUGUUCUGCUUCUCCUGGGCACACUGGUGUUGGCCAUGACCUUGCAGCUGGACCGCAGGGGCGCCUGGAACAUGAUGGGGCCUUGUCUCUUUGCCUUGGUGGUCAUGGUCACCAUGUGGGUGUACCGCUGCGGGCACCGGCGGCGCUGCUACCCACCCUCCUGGCAGCGCUGGGCCUUCUACCUCCUGCCCGGCAUCUCCAUGGCCGCCGUGGCCAUUGCCAUCUACGCCUCCAUGAUGACCAGCGACAACUAUUACUAUACCCACAGCAUCUGGCACAUGCUGCUGGCGGGGAGCGCAGCCUUCCUGCUGCCCCCGCGGGACAAGCACGCUGAGCCCUGGGCCUGCUCACAGGGGCUCGCCUGCCACUAUCAGAUCUGUAAGAACCACCGGGAGGAGCUGUACACGGUGACGUGAUGCCGCCAGCUCAGGGACACGCACAGCUCCGGUGGCAGCCUCUGCAGCCAGGGGGGCACCAAGGGAGAGGGCCUGUCCGGAUGGAUUUCCAGCGGAAUAAAAUGGCCCUGCGCACCCA